AUGACUGUAGUUGCGGAUGUUGGUAACCUUACAACUUAUGGGAAGGCUACUGAAAUAAAGAAAUACGCUCCUAGUAUUCAGGUAGAGAAUUUGUGUUGUCUAUGCUGCUUAAUCCUCCCCCUACCCUCAUCUUUUGGGACAAAUUAUAUUCCGAAAGGUAUGCUCUUCGAGACGCGGAAGCUCGGUCUGAUCACUCUAUGGUCUCGGAAGUCACUUCUCACUGAUUUCGAACAAUCAGAGAGACUCACUAAGACAUUUUCUGAAAAGUCUCUUUCUCAUCGGAGAGAGAGAAAGAGACUCUCUCUGUGA